CAAUAACAGACAUUGCUUUAUGCCAUAUAAGCCUUCCAUAGCUGCUAUGCAUGCAGGUAGAUAACAGAACCAAACCGAGUAAGAAGAGGUUUAUCUACCAGUUGUUUCCAAGUAAAACUGCAAAAUGGAAGAAAUUGAACCAGGGUUUCAUAUUCUGAACCUCAAAGUCAACCCAAAGACCAACAAGCAACACUUGAAAUACAAGAAGAGCAUCCACAACUACAUGCGGCUGUUGCAGACCGGGGCCCACAGAAGUGUCAUGCUGAACUUAAAGGGGGUAUUCGAGUACCAGGACGGCGCCAUAGAAAAGAGCGUGAAAACAUUUGAAGAGGUCCUAGAUAUUGAUGCCGAGAAUCUCAACGCCCUAGCCAAUUUGGGGUUCAUCUUCAGCGAGGUUUUGUUUUCCAGCGAGGCAGGGAAGUACGCAAAACGGCUCGAAGAGUGUAAGCCAAAGGUGACCAGCCGGGCAAGAUGCCUGUUCGAGCAAGGCUAUAUGCUGGCUUACGACGUGUUCGUCGAGGCCAGACAAGACGUGAGCGGACAAGCCAACAUCCGCGCUCAAAAAUUUUACAUGACGGCUCUCAAGAUUGUGGAUGACAACUUUGAGGCUUUUGAGUACAGUGAAGUUUUAGAAUGGUGCAAAGACAUCGCUUGCAAUCUAGGACAUAUAAGUAGACAUCCAAUUGCGCGAUCUCAGUUAGGGAUAGAUUAUGAAAUAGCGUUUUCGUUAAUCGUCAAAUUCUUCUUUGCUGUCACUUGUAUCGCAGAUACCAAUUAUCAAGCUCAAGCGUGGAUGCAGCUGGGAAAGGUUCUGGGAGGGAAAUAUUUUGCGUUACUCAAAGGAAGAAAAAACAAAUAUAGGUAUGACAUAAAACCUUCACAAAGAUCACAUGAUGCAGGUCAAAGUCAACAAAGUCAACGACACUCCGACAACGAGACAGAACAAAAUCAUUUCGUGGAUUUCUUGGAAAGUUUCUGGGAAAGGAGACUAUCUGAGAAUGUUUUGAAAGAUUUGAAAGAAGAAGCGAGCCCGAUGGGCGAACCAAGUUCUUCGGACCACAGUUCACUCCCUAUCAAAGUUCCUGCAGUUGUGAAAGAGCUUCAUAUCCACGGUGUUCAUAAAGAAAAUUUUGCUUCCCCAGAAGAAUGUCUUGCUCACGCUGAAAAGUGUUACAGACUCGCGAAUGAGCUUACCCCAAACAGAACCGACAUUUUGAACCGAUAUGCUUACUUUCUGUGGAGAAAGGGCGACGAGAAAAGCAGAGAGAAAGCGGAACAACUUCACAAAAAGUCCAUUGAAUUGGACUCAUCGGAAAGCAACUGGUAUGCCUUCAAGUCCAUGGGGGAUAAUCUGCGACUGUUGUACAAAAACCAGUGGUAUCAGGCCGAGAAAAGCAACGAAGGCAGAAGAGGGGAAGUUUUGAAUUGGGCGCUGGCACAAAAGGCAAAGAAGAAAAUCAAAAUGGCCGUCUGUCUUAACCCGACUCCAACCGAUUUUGCAAAUCUGGCCGAGAUGUACCACUUUCUCGGCAUAGAUAUUAACCGUCGAGUCGUCAAUGAGAAGAUGAUGAGAAAAUCUCUCUUUCAGUUCAAAUAUGCCGUGGAACACAUGGAGGGUGAGAAGUGCCCGGAUAUACAUCAAAGAAGAGGAAAAUGUCUUCAAGAUCUUGGUCAGGAUCGAAGCGCAAUUGAAAGUUUCAAGAACGCCGUCUAUACCCAACAAGCCAACAGCACAUUUCUUUUCAGUUUUGUACAGUUGGUUAACUUGCUGAUGGAUAAAUAUGAAGCAUGCGUACAAGAGCGAGACGGCAAGAAAGGGAAGAAAUACUUAGGUGAAUUGAAGUAUUGUUUUAUCACAGCUUAUUCAAAAUUUAAACUAACAAACUUGCAAAAGGAGGUAACAUUGCUUUGGGAUCCUUUCUCCGGAAAUCCAACCAGUCCGACGGUUUUGAAAAGUCUCGUUGGAGAAUUGAUGAAGAGUGAGCGAGGGAUGGAGAGAAAUGCAGCUAUAUUUUUGACGGAAGUACUUAAGACUUUCCUGGCAGACGUCACCGCGCAAGAAGAGCUCUCAGAUGUCGAAAAAUUGGAGAAUUUAAAAGAUUUUCUGGAUUUGACGAAAAACAGCCUCUCAGAAAAGAGUGAGAAGGGGGCAGCGAAACCGACAGAAGAACAAAAGCCAAGUUCCUUAGGCACUUCAAACCCUAUAAAACCCCGUGAAUCGGGAGAUGAUGAUAGAGAUCUGGUCGAUGAAACAAAGAGAGCCUAUAAAAUGCAAACUUUGCAGUCCGUUGCUAUGGAAGCAAAGAUUACACCAAGUCAAUAUAUCGGUGUCAACCAGGAAACCGAACGAGCUGUUACUAGAAGAAAUGAUCCACAGCAAUCCACCGCCCUUCUCACAAAUGAGCUCUCAGUCUGUGAUUCAAUCACUGUCCCUGCCGAAAUCAGCUACAGCAUCCCCGACCAACCCGCACAGGCAAGAAACGCCGAACUUGAGAAUGACUUCUACGUAGUGUAUGCUGACGGCGACCGAGACUGGGUCUGUUACCAUCUGCUCACAACGCUGGAAGUAUCCCUGAAGUUCAGAGGGUGUCUCCGCGACAGGGAUUUUCUUCCUGGGAGUAAGGUGUUGGAAAAUAUUACAGCAGGAAUGGCAAACAGCAUGAAGACCAUUGUAGUGAUAUCCCACGAAGCUGUAGGGGACUCUAACUGGCAAUACGAGCUACAUCAGGCUGUUUAUGAGGGACUGACAAGAAAGGCUUCGUAUGUGAUACCUAUUGUGAGAGAAACCAAGGGGCAAGGAGAGCCCUCUAUCCCCAAAGAGCUUCAGGUUUAUGUUCCAAGUAGGCGACCUACUAAAGACCAUGAUUGGCACAAGAUAGAGUGUUCUUUGUUGGAAUGAUCGAUACAUAGUUUAGGCCUUUGUGAAAGAAACUGACAUUUUUGUUGAGGCUGACCAACUGUGCUAAGUGAUGUUGGUGACUUUGUGAAAUCAAAUUUAUGCCUAGAUGUAAAAUAAUGGACGGUGGGUUUGUGAACAAAACAGGUCAUUGUCACGAUCUUGCCAUGGCCAGAAAUGCGCAGCAUUCACGCGAUACGCGAGGGCGCUACAGUAGGGCUUCACGUGACUCAA